GACAUGCUUUAAGGCCGAGACGCACCCUGCAAGUGUUCCGCAUCAUGUCUGCGCUUCUGUCUGUGCUGUCCACUAUCGGCUGCACCAUGCAGUCGUCAGAGGUCGAGAACCAGAUAAUGCAGCCAGGAUCGUCUCCUGUCACACUCGACUCGUUCUUCUUCAUCAGGCCGAUAACUCGACGACGUUUCUCCAACAUAGUCUGAUGUGACGACCACGGCGACUCGGUUUGCAGAUAGUGAACCUUGUGCCACGGCUUCGGCCAAUUUCAGAAGCCGAGGUUUGUUGUCAGGUCCGGUGGCAAUUUCGACUCGAUGCGAGGAACUCUCUCUAUCCGCCCGCAAAAGCAUACGGGGUCUGCCUGCGAAUACGGUGUAAGAUACGAGGGUCAGUCGGUCAGAUGAUUGUGAGUCUGCUUGACCGUGUACGAUCCCUUAAAAAGGAACGAGGUUUGUUGUUUGCAGAUCGCCAGCGCUCCUUCCUUGCUGGCCAUUCUUUCCCCGGAUUUGUCCGUUGUCCAGGCUUCACUCAAUAUUGCUCUGCAGAGAGGCGACCCGCUGCGAGCAGUCACAGCAAGGGCCAUUUUCAUAUCGUAUUCAGCAGGGGUCAGCUUACCACAGGCUUACUAUUCCUUUCCCCUUUCGCAUCGACGACCACGGCCCAGGGUUCUUUCAGCCUGCUGACCCCAGAGUAUCUCCGCGCUUCCGGUUUCCGCGCGACAUAUUCUGCGUUGUCGGGGCCCGCGGAUGCUGCUUGACUGGCAUGGUGCACCGCCUAUGCUUCUGUCCAGUGAUUUACAUUACGUCGAAUGACGGAGAUAUAUCAUGUGUUGCAUCUAGGUGCGCUUGGGCGCACUCGGCGCGAACGAACAGAACGACUCCGCCCUAAACUGCAGGAAAAUCUCGAUGUCCCGUUCGAAGAUACUACUAACUGCGACCGGAUCGCACUGCCAAAAGCUAAGGGCAUGGACUUCUUCAGGUUUGGUGAUUGGAAGCAUAUGCCCGGUUUGCCCAGGGUGGGAGGGGGUAUUCGAGCCACUGAGUAGCUGGCCAUGAGAGUUAGUUGCAACCUGGAUAUCUCAACCACAAGCUAGACCCGUCGAUCAUUGACUCACCAGGAGGAAGACCUUGAGGAUCAGCAUAUCAAUCCACAACUAGCAAUGCCUUCCCCAGAGUCAAAGAAAUGCUGCAUAGGCGCUAGCACGAACUUGUCGUUGGAGUCACUCAAGGCCGGAUAGUAGGAUACUGACUCCCUUAGAACACCCGGCGAGAACUCCGACUGAGCUCUACCUUCGGCGUGCCCCUCUCAUGAGCCACCAGCCAGGUGAGUUCAAUGGAAGAAGAAGUGUGUUAUUGCAUCGCACUCUGAAUAUCAAAAGCAGAAAGCUUGUUGUUACACAGACGUCUCCAUCUACUAUCCCUACUAGUCAGGUAUGCCCCUAAGCUCCCCGGAACCAUUGGAAAUCACUUCGAUAGUGC